AUGCGCCAGGUCUUCGGUGCGGGCGUCUUGGUAGGCAUGACGCUGUCGCGGCCCGCUGGCAAAGGUGGAGUCGAGAAGGAAGGCGCCAGAUCGGCGAACGCGUUGCUUACGACGGGCGACGUCUUCCUCUUGCACGGAUUCCCUAGUCAGUGUGUGUACCGAUCCUAG